AUGGAAGCGGGCGCUUGCAGCAACCCUGAAGACGUGCAACCAGCGACGAAAAAGGCGGCGCAAAAACUCACAAACUUCCGGGGUUACUUGCACAAGUCCUCCGUCGCCGGGUGCUUCGUUGACCUGCUCCAGAUGACGGACGAAGGAGUAAUGACGGAGGCCGGUCUGUACCCGUCCAGCCGCUACAAGCAGUCCCGAAACAUGCGACAAUCGGGGCUCGGCACCAGUUCCCGCUCCCGGCCACCGACAGGUUUGAAUGGUCCAAACAAGAAUGACAAGAGCCAAGCACCGCUGCAAGGCCCGUCAAACAAUCAGGCCGAAGAUCAAAGAAAGAACCAGCGGCAACCGCGGGGGCACCACGGACGGCGGCCUUCGACGGCGUUAGAAACCCAUUCUGCGCCCCUUGCGGCUCAGCUCACCCGCGACGCUCCGCUCUCGGCCCGUGUGGGGUUGUCCGCUGGGAAUAGCUUCGCGGAGGCAGCGGGGUCACGUAUCCUGAGUGCCUCUUCUCCUUCUUGCCACAACAACAACAAGAGCGAGGACAUUGCUGGCAGCAGGGCUACUAUUCUCGACAUCCGACGCACGCAGUGGGUGGAAGGAGGCUCGAAGCAGGGUGUGGGGGGGUGGCUAGAAGCGGACACAGCGGGGCAGUCUCAGCAGCACCAAGGGCAGCUUGUGGGGGCGGUGUCGGCGACCGGUCCGGAAACAAACGAUGAUGCGGAGGAGGGAGAAAAGGAAGGGCGCAACGGAGGCGGUCAUGAUGAAAAUGGUGGUGAUCACCCGGGUGGCCGCUGCAACACGAGUAGUACAACUAGCACGAGCACGGCAGAUAGCCCGAAGCCUUUUUCACGGAGAGUUGCGUGGGGAAAAGCCAUGAGAGAGCUCUCAUCUUCCGUGACAAAAGUGGCGCACAUGAAAACCGCCGCGGACAGGGCCAUGAUCAACAGCUCCCACGAUCGGCGCGCGAGGGCGGCCAGCGUGAGGGCCGGGCUGAUCGAGGGGGAACUGCUUCGGGCCCAGGCAGCUCUCGCCAAAAAUGAAAACAGGAAGCGGCGGGCCACCGAAGCCGCCGCGCUCGCCGCCAGCCAGCGGGGACUUCUAGAAGCAAUCUCCUUGGUGGUGGCAACCAAACGGCUCUGGGCGGGCAGCCUGAAGCUCUCGCAAGACCGUGAGCACCUGGUCCACCUAGGGAUAGCUGCGACCGUGGUUCAGCGAGCUUACAAGGCGUACACCAAUCGAAGAAUGUUCAAGGUGUUGCUUGCAAUCCGGCGGGUGCACUUGAGACUUUACAUCGGCAUGAACAUCCGCCGGAAGCAAAUGGUGAGGAGUGCGGUCGUAAGGUAG